AUCUUCCUGGGCCAAAAGUGGAUACGCAUACAUUCACCCAUCCAUCCUAUCCUUUCCCCCCAUCUCACCAUCACUACCACCUUCUCCCUCGUCUGGCUUCACCGCAGCAGUAGUAGCAGCCAGGCAUGUCCCUCUUCCACACCACACACAGCCCCCUCUCGGCGCUGGAUGAUACCCGUAUCAAGUGUAUCCGACCCCUGAUCCCACCCCAGAUUCUCAUCGAAGACUACCCCCUGAGUGAAGCUGCCUCCCACACCAUCUCCACCGGUCGAGCUCAGGCAGAGGCCAUUGUCAAAGGAGAGGAUGACAGACUCGUCGUCGUCGUUGGACCUUGCUCAGUGCACGAUGUUGUAGCGGGUAUCGAGUACGCAAAGCGGCUGGCAGCUUAUGCCGAUACGGCAAAGGAUGACCUGCACAUCAUCAUGCGCGUCUACUUUGAGAAGCCACGAACUACGGUUGGAUGGAAGGGACUCAUCAAUGAUCCUGAUCUGACUGGAUCCUUCAACAUCAACAAGGGACUGCGACUUGCUAGGGGGUUCCUAUUGCAGGUAAAUGAUCUGGGUCUGCCCGCAGGAACUGAAUGGCUGGACCCCAUUACGCCUCAGUACAAUGCCGAUCUGGUCAGUUGGGGAGCCAUUGGAGCCAGGACAACAGAGAGUCAAGUUCAUCGUGAGCUGGCCAGUGGAUUGUCCAUGCCCAUCGGAUUCAAAAACGGUACAGAUGGCAGCAUCCAAGUCGCCGUCGAUGCCAUCAAGUCUUCCUCUUCCCCACACUCCUUCCUCUCCGUUACAAAGCAGGGUAUCUCCGCCAUUGUCGAGACCCACGGUAACGACGCCUGCCACGUCAUUCUACGAGGAGCCAACUCUGGUCCCAACUAUUCUCCCGAGCACAUUGCCAAGGUCAGCGCUUCGCUUGAGAAGGCUGGACUGCCAAAGAAGAUCAUGGUCGACUGUUCGCACGGCAACUCGGAGAAGAAGCAUGAGAAUCAGAUGAAGGUCGUCAAGAGUAUCAAGGAGCAGCUGGGCGGUGAGAAGGGAGCGAACAUCAUUGGAGCUAUGAUCGAGUCUCACAUCAACGAGGGCAAGCAGAAUAUCCCCAAGGAAGGGCCUGCUGGUCUGAAGUACGGUCAGUCCAUCACUGAUGCCUGCAUCAACUGGGAGACUACCAUUGAGGCUUUGGAAGAGCUGCGAGCCGGUGUGAGGGCAAGGAGAAGCGCAGGUUUCGCUACUGAGCUGCCCACUGUGGCCCGCACUGGAAGGGGUCUCGCAAGGGGAGGACCCGCAUCUUGGUCACAGAGCAGUACACCCACUCGCUCACUCAGCGCCGUCAGGUCCGUGGGUGGUGGCAACUCGGAGCAGCUGUCGAUGGAGAGCUCCAUUGAGGACAUGGCUGGUCUUGGCGAGAAGUUCGGAAAGGGCUUCAACGACCAAGCCCUGGUCGAUGGUCUGGGCAAGGUGUCCACUCCUGCCCCUGCCGCAACCGGUCAGAACUCGUCGUCGCUAGUUGCCGCUGCUUCAUCAACGCUGUCUUCUAAUUCUCAGAAGCUCAAGGUGGGAGUUCUGGGUGCGACUGGAACCGUGGGCCAGCGCUUCAUCCUGCUUCUUGCCAACCACCCCAACUUUGUCAUUCACGCACUGGCAGCAUCGAGCGCCUCUGCCGGCAAGCCCUACGCAGAAGCUGUUGCUGGACGCUGGAAGCAAGCACGUGCUAUUCCGGAAGAGGUGAGGUCUCUACAGGUGACGGAAUGCCUCGUAGAGCACUUCAAGGACUGCGACGUCGUCUUCAGUGGUCUGGACAGCGGUCCAGCCUCCACUGUCGAGCCAGCCUUCCGAGCCGCAGAGCUACGCGUCUUCUCCAAUGCUCGCAACUACCGCAUGGACCCUCUCUGCCCACUCGUGGUGCCACUGGUGAACCCUUCGCACUUUAACAUUAUCCCACACCAGCGCGCCUCGCUCCCUACGCCCACCAAGCGGGGUUACAUCAUCACCAAUGCCAACUGCUCCACGACGGGAAUUGUUGUCCCUCUCAAAGCACUCCAGGAUGCCUUUGGCCCUCUUGAGAAGGUAGUCGUGGCCACGAUGCAAGCCGUCUCCGGUGCGGGCUACCCAGGCGUAAGCUCCUUCGAUAUCCACGAUAACGUCGUCCCCUUUAUCUCUGGCGAAGAGGAGAAGAUUGAAUCCGAGACUGCCAAGAUCCUAGGAAGUCUCAAUGGCUCCUCAACCGCCUUUGAGCACGUCCCCGUUCAGAUGUCCGCACACUGUAAUCGUGUACCGGUACUGGACGGUCACACCGAAGUCCUCUCUGUGCGCUUUGCCCAUCGACCACCCCCCUCCAUCGAAGCAGUCAAGCAAGCCCUGAAGAAGUACCGCUGCGAAGCUCAAGAACUCAAUUGUCCCUCUGCCCCGGCCCAGGCCAUCACUCUACAUGAAGAACCUGAUCGUCCACAACCCCGUUUAGAUCGAGAUUGGCAAAAUGGAGCAGGGGUCAAUGUUGGAAGAGUGAGGGAAUGUGGAGUUUUGGAUGUCAAGUUUGUUGUGUUGAGUAAUAAUGUGCAGAUUGGGGCUGCUACUAGUAGUGUUAUGAAUGCAGAGAUUGCAUUGAGGAUGGGAUACUUGAGUUGAAAGGUGGAGGGGAUCGGGGGGUCAUUGAGAAGACGAGAGGGGGGAGACGGCUGGAUUUUGGAGUUGGACUUUACCAAUGACAUGUGCUUCGUCACUUGCUUUCUUUCAACAAUCAGCGUGAUGCCAUGUGACGCUCCUCU